AUGGCCGCGAACUGCGCGGGGGCCGCGGGGACGGCGGGGGGCGGCGGGGCCGCGCUGGGCUCGGCCCUCAGCGCCAGCAAGACCAAGACCAAGAAGAAGCACUUCGUGUGCCAGAAGGUGAAGCUGUUCCGGGCCUCGGAGCCGCUGCUCAGCGUCCUCAUGUGGGGGGCGAACCACACGAUCAACGAGCUCAGCAAUGUUCCCGUCCCUGUCAUGUUAAUGCCCGAUGACUUUAAAGCCUACAGUAAGAUUAAGGUGGACAAUCAUCUAUUCAACAAGGAGAACUUGCCAAGCCGCUUUAAGUUUAAGGAGUAUUGUCCACUGGUGUUCCGGAACCUCCGGGAAAGAUUUGGGAUCGAUGAUCAAGACUACCAGAACUCGGUGACCCGCAGCGCGCCGGUGAACAGCGACAGCCAGGGCCGCUGCGGCGCCCGCUUCCUCACCACCUACGACAGGAGGUUUGUCAUCAAGGCCGUGUCCAGCGAGGACGUGGCGGAGAUGCACAACAUCCUCAAGAAGUACCACCAGUUCAUCGUGGAGUGCCACGGGAACACCCUCCUGCCCCAGUUCCUGGGCAUGUACCGGCUCACGGUGGACGGCGUGGAGACCUACAUGGUGGUCACCAGGAACGUCUUCAGCCACAGGCUGACUGUGCACAGGAAAUACGACCUGAAGGGCUCAACAGUAUCCAGGGAAGCAAGUGAUAAAGAGAAGGCCAAGGAUCUCCCGACGUUCAAGGACAACGACUUCUUGAAUGAGGGUCAGAAGCUGCAUGUUGGAGAAGAGAGUAAAAAGAACUUCCUCGAAAAGCUGAAGCGGGAUGUGGAGUUCUUGGCCCAGCUGAAGAUCAUGGAUUACAGUUUGCUGGUUGGGAUCCACGACGUCGACCGGGCCGAGCAGGAGGAGAUGGAAGUGGAGGAUCGGGCCGAGGAUGAGGAGUGUGAGAACGACGGCCUGGGGGGAAACCCCAUCUCCUCCUACGGGACCCCCCCGGACAGCCCCGGAAACCUCCUCAACUACCCCCGCUUCUUCGGGCCCGGCGAGUUCGACCCCUCCGUCGACGUCUACGCCAUGAAAAGCCACGAAAGUGCCCCCAAGAAGGAAGUUUACUUCAUGGCCAUCAUAGACAUUCUCACGCCCUACGACGCGAAGAAGAAAGCUGCACAUGCUGCCAAAACAGUGAAACACGGGGCUGGGGCAGAGAUCUCCACCGUGAACCCCGAGCAGUACUCGAAACGCUUCAACGAGUUCAUCUCCAAUAUCCUGACAUAGUUGUCUUCAGCCUUCAGCGAGGAAGGAAGAGCAGAGGGGCUCCUUCACCCAGAGAACGCAGCCUGUGACACUCAAACAGACACUGUAGCAGCAUGUGGGGUGUGUGUGGGGUGUGUGUGUGUGGGUUGUGUGUGUGUGUGUGCAAGGUGAGUGUGUGGCACUGCGUGACUUCAGAGAAAAACUCAUUCUUAGGUGCACCCUCCAACAGUCCACUUGACCCAGGAGGAAAAGUGGGAUUUUAUGUUACAGAAGUGCCCAGACAUUAAGAUUUGAGGGCUUUUUAAACCAAGCAAAGUGCAUUGUUUCAGCACUGCUCUUUCUAGUGACAUUUUCUCCUCUCUGAUCAGGAGGAUCCCAGAGGGAUAUGACGUGGCACUGUAUAAAGGGGUGGCUCUAGAUCAUGUUCAGUGGGAGUGAAGCAGUGCCUGAUUCCACAAACUACUCCUUUUUUUUUUUAUUAUUUUUAUUUUAUUGGACUGUCUUGACCAGAAAGACAUACAAUCCCUUUUAUUUCCCUCUUGGUAGGAAUUGGAAGGAAAAUAGCUCACCAUUUCAAGGAUGGAAACUAUAACUCUGAUAAGGAGGAGUCGCUGAACUUUAGGUAAAUUCAGACUGGGACACUUUAUAUUUUUUGGUUAAUUUAAGUAACAAAAAACAAAAACUUUUUUGUAACUGCACUUGAUUUACAAGAAGGACGAGGGAAAUGAACAUCUACCAAAGAUGAUCUCUUAAAAAAAAAAAGAAAAAAAAAAAAGGUGUAACUCGUAGAACCUUAAAAAAACAACCAGUGUGAGAAGUAGUAGUGGCAUUGACCAACCUCAGCUAAUGAUGUGCUCGGACCCAUUGUGCUUUCAAUUGGCCAGCUCUGAAGAUUUCCCUAAAAGAAAACCAGAAAAAAGAAAAAAAAAAAAAAAAGGCAUUUUGUACCUGUAGAUAUGGGAUAACAUUUGACUCUCGGGACGUUUCCCUGCCGCGCCUCGGUCAGGAAUUGCCGCGUCUCUUAGGCCACAGCUGACCAUCACAGUCCUGCCAGUGUUAAUCUAGCUAAUGUUCAGUCUUCCUUACCCACCCCAUCUGCAACAGGUACUUGAAUUUGUUUCCUGACAGAGGUUUCUUGGCUCAGUUGGUUUCUCUUUUUCCGAUGGCAAUGUGACUUGCACACGAAGGAGUUGGACUCGCUGCCAGUGGGGAGUGCUGGGAGCUGUGACUGUGGAGCGAAUUCCACUGCUCAAGAGGACUCAGGACUUGAGCUGUGGUUGGUUUUACUCUCCUCUGCUCCAAACCCCUCUCUAGAGCGACAGUCAAGGAGUGGAAAUGUUUGAACACUUGCGCCAGAUUAUUUUUCCAUCCCCCUAAGGAUUUGGAACUGAUUGGAGUGACUGAAUAACGUCCUGUUUUGUCUCCAGAAUGCUUGUAAUACUUUUCACAGCCAAGCUUGUCAGGCUCGCUUUGGGUUUUCUUAGCUCUGCUGCACAAGUUACAGACCCUUUGGUUCUUUUGUUUUUUUCAUUUUCUUUUUUUUUUAAUUUUUUCUUUUUUUUGGAGCAGGAUUUAGCGUUUUGAACAAACCAUCUUGCAGUUGAAAACAUGUUGCUUAUCUGCCUUGAAAACUGUUUUUUCACAUAUGCCUUUUGUUUCGGGAAUAAGCUGUUUGGAAUGUCUCUGUCCUGUGCUGUAACACGUGCUACAGUUUGCUGUGUGGAAUUUGGUCCUUUUUGAGAGAUAACUGGUGCUCAUCAUCACAUCCUGGUAAUUCCCCUGACUGAUCCUGAAUGUGGGGGCUUUGUGGGGUUUAUUUUGUUGUGUUGUUUUUUUUUUUUAGUUUCGUGUUCCAUCCCCAGCAUUCGUGACGUGAAUCCCGCAGGUCUCAGCUUUGAAGGGGACAACAAACAAAAAAGAAAAAAAAAAAUCCCACAAAGCUUGAGCCCACGAGAGUGCACUGUAAAUAGGGUCUUUAAAAGUCAAAAAUUAGGGCUUGUAACGUUCCCUUCAACGAGGGACAAAUUCCUGGAGUCCCAUCCCUGUCCUGGGCGGGGCAAACACACCCUUGUCUGGGAGGGUCUCGUGUCUUAAGGUGAAAAAACCACAAUCCAAAUGCAGCUGUUGAGAAUCCUUUAAAAAAAAAAAAAAAAAGGGAGGACUUGGAGGGCAUCACCAGCUUCCUUUUGUGGGCAUUAGAUUGGUUUGCUUUCUCUCUCGAGCGAUAAGCACUUAAGUUUACUGCCAGUUAGAAAUGGAAAUAAAUUAAAUCACUUUUUAUUCCUGACAGUUUUUAAAAAAAAAACCCUGCCUUGAAUAUCUGCAACUUUGGCUUGGUAAGUUUUGCCCUUCUCCUUUUGGGAAAGCAGCUUUUGGAACUGUUUCUCUUGAAAUCAUCUAUUUAAAAAUAUAUAGAAUGAAGAGGGGAAAAAAAUAAGGGGGGGAAAGAAAGAAGGAAGUGAGUGAACUGCAGACCCCCACAAAACAAACAACCCAAAGAAACCUGAGUGGAAUUAGGAGCAAAAAUCUCCUUCACCCGAUUUCAUAAAGAGGAAUAAAGUUAAAAUACAGUUAAUUCCUGCAGCAGUCUUUUUGCAGAAGUCAUGGUAAAAAGGGCUUAAGAGCAGUUAACUGUAUUUUCUUAUUCCACUCCAAACUCCUGCAAGGAUUAAAUUGGCUGUUUCUGGCUCAAGUGAUCUGAGAAGCCCCACAAACUCGAAUCACUUUAGCACUUCCCCAGUUCUGCCACUUCUGUCAAGUUGCCAUAUUGUGUGUACUAAAGUAAUUAAAUGCAAUUUUAUCACUUAAUGAUGUAUUUACCCAGGUAUGUAACUUUGUUUAACAUAAGCAUUUUGUAUAUUGUUUACAUUUUGAGAGGUAGCAUUACGUUAAAAAUGCUAAUUUUUUUUUUGUUUCUAGACAGUAUUUUUAUUACCAGAAUAAGAAGUGAAGCUGCAAAUAUUUGAUUUGUUUUUAAAAGGGACUUUUUCUUUCGUUUGGUUUUUUUUUUGUUGUUGUUGUUUUGGUUUUGUUUGGGGUUUUUUUUUUGUUUGUUUUUUUUUUAGUCUUGUUUUAGGUCACUUUUUUAACUCGAGUAUUUAAAAAAAAAAAAAAAAAAGGACAACCCAGCCCUUUCAAUUCUGGUUUUACAACUGCUUGUGCUAGUUUGUUGUCUGUUCCUGGUGUGAAUUUAGUUCUAGUUUGCUGAAUGUAGAUAUUUCUGUCUGUAGCAUGUCCCCUGCAGAACACUUUACACUGAAGUGCAUUUGACUGACCCCCCCUGUCCCCCCGGGCUGCCAGACCUGCAGUUGGGUGUUCAGGAUGCUCAGAUUUGGAUCAGAAUGCAGGAUUUUCCCGACCAAACCCAGUGCAGGGUGGUGAGCUGGAGUUCCAAACCCAUCAGUGCAGCGCCUGAAGGGUGAGCUGUGCAGGGAUCUGCACCCCACAGGGGCUCUCUCUCUCUGAUCUCUCAGAAUUUAGCAACUCAAACCUGCUCUGAAGUUCGAGUUUCCACCUUCCCUGUGGGUUCAGCUCCUCCAGUGUAACCACGAGUGGGAGAGGGAAGGGCAGAGCCACAGCUUUGCCCCAGUAGUGCAAUAAAAACCACUCCAGAGCAUGUUGGGUGUUCCAAGGGCUCCCAGGAGCUCCCACCCUUGGUGCCAGCGCUGGGAAGGGGGUUUGGAAUUUGCUGUGGGAAUACCAGCAGGAGUUCACUCCUCGUGGCAGGGUGGGAUCCUUCCCUCUGGUCUCUCUGCCUGACCCGGGUUUAAUUCUAAAAGCCACAAAUCACGAAAUUCAUCCCUUGGGGGCAGGAGAUGACUCGGGAUGCCUGAAAAAAGGAGGCUGUGCUCCUGCAUCCUGGUUUGGAAUCAGAUUUUAGCAUAAUCAGCAAGAAAACUAAACCACUUGAGUCUUA